UCUUCGGAUCGGCCCGCGGUAGCUAUGGAGGAACCGGAGAUGCAACUCAAGGGAAAGAAAGUCACAGACAAGUUCACUGAGAGCGUCUAUGUCCUUGCCAACGAGCCAUCCGUGGCCCUAUACCGGCUGCAGGAACAUGUGCGCCGCUCUCUGCCCGAGCUGGCCCAGCAUAAGGCCGAUAUGCAGCGGUGGGAAGAGCAGAGCCAGGGAGCCAUUUACACAGUGGAGUAUGCCUGCAGCGCCGUGAAGAACCUCGUCGACAGCAGCAUCUACUUCCGCAGCGUGGAGGGUCUUCUCAAACAGGCCAUCAGCAUCCGGGACCACAUGAACGCUGCUGCCCAGGGCCACAGCCCUGAGGAACCACCCCCACCCUCCUCAGCCUGAGCUCAGAAGAGACUUGGAGGUGCUUUGGCCCCUCUGACGCAGGCAGAGCCCAGCAUGGCGGUUACCCACCCAGCUCAGGAAUCUUCGUCCCACUGCCGACCUGCCGUGUGACCCUGAGAAAGUCCCUCCCCUCUCUGGUCUCUGCUUUUCCCUUCUGUCAGAGUGGCUCGUCAGGCAGCGGAGGGUGCUGCGCCCAGUGAUGUGUGUUGUAGCUGUCAGCUACUGCCGCAUGACAGACUUUCCCAGAACUUAGGGGCUGACAUACCAGUCGUGGGCCUGCUCACAGUUCUGCAACGUGGGCUGGGCCCCGCUGGGCAGGUUGGCCGGGCUGACCUGGAGGCCACCAUCUGGCACUCAUCAGAGUUUGAUGGGGCUGCACAGUCAGAGGCGGCCUUGCUGUCACAUCUGAAUCUUGACCACUGCUGUCUGGCUGCUGGGGGUCCAGUCCUCCUGGGCAUGGCCUCCCAGGCAGGCCAGCCCAGGCUUCUCUGGGGACCGGGUGCCAAAGAGAGCAGCCCCAGCAUGCACGACGUU